GUGGCCCAAUUACCAGGACAGGCUUCCAUGAAAUAUAACCAGACUAGAGCUUUUAAGAGGGCGUUUGAUUGUAAACCAUAAUCCUUGUAAAGGGGUGGUAAUUAGGCGGGGAGUGGUCUUACUGAAGACAAUAUUAGAAGAGUAGUGAUCGGAGGGAAUGAGCGGAAGUGAUAGGAGUCAGGGUGUCUCACCAGUUAGGUGGAUAGUGGGGAGAGUGCUUGGGGAUUCUCACCAGUCUGCUGUGAAGGACAUGGGAGUCACGAAGCAGUUUAUUUAGGAGUCGGGGGUCACAGGCAGGAGGAGCCGGGCUGGACAGAGUUAGUCUUGCAGUUAGGAGAGGCAUGACCACGAGGAGCAAUUCUUAGAUGAGGAGAGGUGAGGUUGAAAGGGGUGGAUAAGGAAGAAAUCAUUGUUGGGUGGUGGUCCAGGAAUUCCCACUUAGGACCCAGACCUGAAAUCCACGGAAUCUGCCUCUCAGAGGCCUUAUUCCUGGGAGAUUGAGGUCCCCCCUGCCCCCGCACCACAGCGCAUCUCCUUUCUCUUUCCCCUCUACCAAGUUCUGAUUUGGCCCUAGGUCUCUCAAGGGUUUUCUUACCAGUCAUCUCCAUUCUGGCCAGGCUGUCUGGUUGGAGUGGCUCCCUGUAUGGGGCCUCUCCCCUGAAUCCGUCCUGGGGCCAUGGAGGCGGCUUGGGCUCUUGCACUUCUGGGCAGAGUGGGGUGGGGCACAGGUGGGGCACAGGUGGGCCAAGGAAGAGGGUCUAGAAUCUAUCCUGCAAGUGACAGGAAUAAUGAACAUUAUUGAGUUUCAAGGAAAACACUCUGCCUGGCUGGUGGAACAGAUGCUGGGAGGGUGUGAGAUGCUGACCAGCCUAAAACUGCUAAAGCUCCGACUGCUCCCACAUCAUCUUGUGAAGGUAGCGUAUGGCAUCUCCCCUUUGUCAGGGCUCCUCAGGACGUCUGAGGUGGCUCUGGUGCCCCUGCCCCCUGCCGAGAGCUGCAGGACAGGAUAUAUACACACACAUCUAAUUGGCCUCAAAGUCUGAGCAACCCUGUUCGGUUGGAGAAAAUCUGGGACGGGGAUAGAGAAGGGAAGUAUUGUGGCACAAGUCUGGAGAAGAGAUUGGAAAUGGGAUACAGGGCCAGGACAAGGAGCUAGCAAACAUGUACAAUGUGCUCAGGGGUAGCUUGGGGAGUGGGGUUGAGGAGGGAAAUUGGGCAAAAAUGAAACUUAACUACUAAAGGUCGGUGAUUAAAAGCUUGAGAAGGUGGUGUAGGAGAAAUUAACCUCUCAUUCUUUUUCUAUUUACCCCAACAUACAAAGCCUCUUGGAGUUUUUCUUUGCAUUCUAAGUUCUGAAAUACUGGGUUAUCCAAGGUGAAGAGAUGGGCUAACAGUCCUGGAACUUCCUUCCUGAAGCAAGUUGCCCAGGAAUGAGCACAGGCUGGGUGAGAUGAUGCACACCUUGCAGGGCUUACCUUGCCUUAGACACCCACCAUAUCUGUCUCCUAGCCUGCACCUUCCUCCCUGCCCCCUCUGCAGACCCCUUCCGGUUCCUUUGCAGGACCCCACACAUGGCUUCCUCCUUCUUUCACAAGUUGUGCAAAGAGGCCUGCACCUGAUUCAAUAUUGGGAUUUCCUGUAGGUCUGUCAACAUGCAUGAGCCCUCCUCCCAUUACCCUCUCCUUGUGCCCUGGCUUGCCUGGCCCAGCUUCCCCAGCCCCAGGAUUCAGAACCUCGUGAGCUAACUAGGAAUGACUGGGGCCAGCCGCGACUGUGCUGUAUUCCACCAAGUCUGUGAUCAGUCCCUCAGAACCCAGCACCCCACCCCCUACCCCUGCUCUGUCCUGCUCCUCCCAUUCUGGGAAGGCUACACUCUUCUCGACAAAGCUGUCCCGUUCGCGUCAUGCCGAGCCUCCCGGCCCCGCCGGCCCCGCUGCUGCUCCUCGGGCUGCUGCUGCUCUGCUCCCGGCCGGCCCGCGGCGCCGGCCCCGAGCACCCAGCGCUGCCCAUCCGGCCCGAGAAGGAGCCGCUGCCCAUUCGGGGAGCAGCAGGCUGCUCCUUCGGCGGGAAGGUCUAUGCCUUGGACGAGACGUGGCACCCGGACCUGGGGGAGCCCUUCGGGGUGAUGCGCUGCGUGUUGUGUGCCUGCGAGGCGCCUCAGUGGGGUCGCCGCGCAAGGGGCGCGGGCAGGGUCAGCUGCAAGAACAUCAAACCCGAGUGCCCAACCCUGGCCUGCGGGCAGCCGCGCCAGCUGCCCGGACACUGCUGCCAGACCUGCCCCCAGGAGCGCAGCGGUCCGGAAAAGCAGCCAACGGGCCUGGCCUUCGAGUAUCCGCGGGACCCAGAGCACCGAAGCUACAGCGACCGCGGGGAGCCCGGAGCUGAGGAUCGGGGGCGUGGAGAUGGCCACACGGACUUCGUGGCGCUGCUGACAGGGCCAAGGUCGCAAGCGGUGGCACGGGCCCGAGUGUCACUGCUGCGCUCUAGUCUGCGGUUCUCCAUCUCCUACCGGCGGCUGGACCGCCCUACCCGAAUCCGCUUCUCAGACUCCACUGGCAGCAUCCUGUUUGAACACCCUGCAGCCCCUACCCAAGAUGGCCUGGUCUGUGGGGUGUGGCGAGCAGUGCCUCGGUUGUCUCUGCGGCUCCUUAGGGCAGAACAGCUGCAUGUGGCACUCGUGACACCCAGUCACCCUUCAGGGGAGGUCUGGGGGCCUCUCAUCCGGCAUCGGGCCCUGGCCGCAGAGACCUUCAGUGCCAUCCUGACCCUGGAAGGCCCCCCACAGCAGGGCAUAGGGGGCAUUGCCCUCCUCACGCUCAGUGACACAGAGGACUCCUUGCAUUUUUUGCUGCUCUUCCGUGGGCUGCUGGAAGCCAGGAGUGGGGGACCAGCCCAGGUUCCCUUGCGGCUCCAGAUUCUACACCAGGGGAAGCUACUGCGAGAGCUCCAGGCCAAUGCCUCGGCCCAGGAGCCGGGCUUUGCUGAAGUGCUGCCCAACCUGACAGCCCAGGAGAUGGACUGGCUGGUGCUGGGGGAGCUGCAGAUGGCCCUGGAGAGGGCAAGUGGGUCAGGGCUGCGCAUCAGUGGACACAUUGCUGCCAGGCAGAGCUGUGAUGUUCUGCAAAGUGUCCUUUGUGGGGCCGAUGCCCUGAUCCCCGUUCAGACAGGUGCAGCCGGCUCGGCCAGCCUUACACUGCUAGGAAAUGGCUCCCUGAUCUACCAAGUACAGGUGGUAGGUACAGGCAGCGAGGUGGUGGCCAUGACGCUGGAGACCAAGCCUCAGCGGAGGAACCAGCACACUGUCCUGUGCCACAUGGCUGGACUCCAGCCGGGAGGAUACACGGCUGUGGGUGUCUGCCCUGGGCUGGGUGCCCGGGGGGCUCAUAUGCUGCUGCAGAAUGAGCUGUUCCUGAACGUGGGCACCAAGGACUUCCCAGAUGGAGAGCUGCGGGGGCACGUGGCUGCCCUGCCCUACAGUGGGCACAGCGCCCGCCAUGAUACACUACCUGUGCCCCUGGCAGGAGCCCUGGUGUUGCCCCCCGUGCAGAGCCAGGCAGCAGGGCAUGCCUGGCUCUCCCUGGAUACCCACUGUCACCUGCACUAUGAAGUGCUGCUGGCUGGGCUUGGUGGCUCAGAACAGGGCACCAUCACUGCCCACCUCCUCGGGCCUCCUGGGAUGCCAGGGCCCCGGCGGCUGCUGAAGGGAUUCUAUGGCCCAGAGGCCCAGGGCGUGGUCAAGGAUCUGGAGCCUGAGCUGCUGCGGCACCUGGCACAGGGCUCUGCCUCCUUGCUGAUCACCACCAAGGGUAGCCCCCAAGGGGAGCUGCGAGGGCAGGUGCACAUCGCCAACCAGUGCGAGGCGGGCGGCCUGCGCCUGGCGGCAGCAGGGGCCGAAGAAAUACGGGUGCCCGGGGCUCUGGAUGCAGUGGUGGCCGAGGUGGCCGCGCUGCCCGCUGUGCUAGGCCCAGAUGCCCCAGCGCCAGCCAAACCUGGUGGCCCCGGGCGGCUCCGAGACCCCAACACCUGCUUCUUCGAGGGGCAGCAGCGCCCCCAUGGGGCUCGCUGGGCUCCUAACUAUGACCCGCUCUGCUCGCUCUGCACCUGCCAGAGACGCACGGUGAUCUGUGACCCCAUGGUGUGCCCGCCAACCAGCUGCCCAAGCCCGGUGCAGGCGCCGGAUCAGUGCUGCCCUGUGUGCCCGGAGAAGCAAGAUGUCGGCGACCUGCCGGGGCUGCCGAAGAACAGGGACCCUGGAGAGGGCUGCUAUUUUGAUGGCGACCGGAGCUGGCGGGCAGCGGGCACCCGGUGGCACCCUGUCGUGCCCCCAUUUGGCUUAAUUAAGUGUGCUGUCUGCACCUGCAAGGGGGGCACUGGAGAGGUGCACUGUGAGAAGGUGCAGUGUCCCCGGCUGGCCUGUGCCCAGCCUGUCCGUGCCAACCCCACUGACUGCUGCAAACAGUGUCCAGUGGGGUCAGGGGCCCACCCCCAACUGGGGGACCCCAUGCAGGCUGAUGGGCCCCGGGGCUGCCGUUUUGCAGGGCAGUGGUUCCCGGAGAGCCAGAGCUGGCACCCUUCGGUGCCCCCCUUUGGGGAGAUGAGCUGUAUCACCUGCAGAUGUGGGGCAGGGGUGCCCCACUGUGAGCGGGAUGACUGUUCACUGCCACUGUCCUGCGGCCCAGGGAAGGAGAGCCGCUGCUGUUCCCACUGCACAGCCCGGCGGCGGUCAGUUGCAGACACCAGGACAGUUCCAGAGCUGGAGAAAGAAGCUGAAGGCUCCUAGGGAGCAGCCAGAAGGCCGCGUGACCAAGAGGAUGGGGCCUGGGCUGGGGGAGGAGGGGCGCCGGGGACCCCGCAUUCUCCUGCGGGAAACCCAGUGCCUUCGGCCCCUCUUUUCUGCCUCUUCUCCCUCCCCCACUACCUCUGGGAACCACAACUCCACAAGGGGGAGGGGUAGCCAGGGCCGACCAAUGCCAUGUCCACUCCAACUUCGGCCUUGUCGCCCUCUCGCCUCUGCCUUGGAAGCCCACCCCCUUUCCUUCUGUACAUAAUGUCACUGGCUUGUUGGGAUUUUUAAUUUAUCCUCACUCAGCACCAAGGGUCCCCCCCACUUCACUCCUGCUGCCCCUGAGCUGAGCAGAGUCAUUAUUGGAGAUUUUUGUAUUUAUUAAAACGUUUUUUUCCAGUCUUUGGG